UCGCUGCCGCUGUCCGGACCGGCGGGUUUGGGAAGCUGCUGUGCGCCCUGGAGCAGCUCCCGCCGAGGGAGCAUCCUCAGCGGCUUGCCUGUCCUGUGCUGUAACCAAGGGCAUUUGAUUUUCACGAGCGUUUAACCGAGAGGCUUUUCUCAGCAUGCAGUCCCUUCAGAUUUGGGCGUGAUCAUCAGCCACACCUUCUGCAUUGGACAUUUGGCUUCUGUUUCCAUAUCUUCUUCCUGCUUUUCUGAAGGAUAAAAUCUUAAAUUGUCCUGGGCUUGAGCAGUAAAGGAUAAAUUCUUUCACUGGCUGACCUGUCAUCUCACCUUUGGGAUGGAAAAAUGUCCGCUUAAAAUAAACCCUUUUUAUGCCACUAAAGCUGCCUUUGAAUACAAGAUCUGCUGUGAUUUUUAAAACACAACCCAAAUAAUGUCAGAACCUGACUCUUCGUCUGGAUUUGUGGGGAACAUGGAAAAUGGGACUUUUCUGGAGCUGUACCCCACAUCCCUUUCAACUUCAGUGGAUUCAUCGUCUGGCCGUUUAUCCAACGUCUAUGUCUAUGUUUCUAUAUUCCUUAGUCUCUUAGCUUUUCUCCUUUUGCUACUGAUCAUUGCACUUCAGAGGCUGAAAAACAUAAUUUCCUCCAGUUCCUCCUACCCUGAAUACAAUAGUGAUGCUGGAAGUUCGUUCACUAAUUUAGAGGUUUGCAGUAUUUCUUCCCAGCGCUCUGCUCUCUCAAACCUUUCUUCAUGAAAAUAAAUGAAAGGAAACACACAGGGAAUGGAAGAGCUUUGUCUAGCUUCUUGGGGAGGUAGUGCAUGUAACAUUUGCCUUAGAAGACUAUUAUCAGGAGGUAUUUUUAAAAGUUUCCUUAUUUUUUCCCCUCUUUCCUUUUCUAGUCUUCAUUUCCCGCUACACUAAUUUUCAUUUUGGACAAUUGAUAAUGAAACCUGAUCAUCAUUUCUUGCCUGUAAUAGUGAUGCUGUCUCUUUCUCACACAUAGACGGUGUUCAUACACAGUAUUCCUGCCAAAUUGUAAUACACUUCUGACUGGAUGUGUCAUUUUUCUGCUCUAAUUGUGACCCCUUUCCCGGUCUUGUGUCAGCAAUACGCUGACUAUUUUUCUUUUCCUUUUUUAGUUAUAUAAGGACUCCUGGAUGAAAUCCCUAUUGCUAAAGUACAAAAAAAAAUCUGCCUAAAUGAUAAAUAUUGGGAGAAUUGAAAGUUGUUGAUAUUGUUUCCUUUUUUUCUUUUGAAUUUUCACAUCUUUUUCAGUAUUUAUUGAUGUUUAUAAAACACAACUAAUUCUUGAAGAAUGUUGCUUUUAUUUAUCUGUACUCCCAACUCCUUCUGUAUAAAGUCUGUAUUUCAAAUUUUGAGUCUCUUUGGUUAACUUAGUAAAGUGACUACAAUAACUGUGCUCACGGUUGAAUGUGCAGAGGUAUUUUUGCAGUUGCAUCUCAUUAUCUCAUUUGCCUAAUGACAUGUUCCUCCAGGGGGCAGCUUUUGCUGCAGA